UAUACAGCUACGCCUGUAACGUUAGCUUGAAAGUGUGUUGUUGACACUGCGGGUGCCACGAAGGUCAGCUUCAGGAAGAAAAAUGUCUCUCCUAAUGAAAUGUUGCACUUUAAUCGUCAAAGUGUUGUGCCUGCCCCUCCACCUGAUCGAAGCGGUCGGCCUGUAUGCAAUAUACAAACGUGUCUUCCCUUUCUGUGUGUACCGGAUUUCUAUAACGUACAACAAGAAGAUGCACGACAAGAAGAAGGAGCUGUUUCGCAGUCUCCCCGAGUUCUGUAAGCCCGGGGGGCGGCUCACUAUUUUGGAGAUCGGCUGCGGCUCCGGUACUAAUUUUCAGUUUUACCCGCCUGGCAGCAAGGUGAUCUGCACCGACCCCAACCCUCAUUUUCAGAAAUAUCUGAAGAAAAGCAUGGACGAGAACGACUGCCUCACCUAUGAGAAAUUUGUGGUGGCUUCAGGGGAGGACAUGGGGUCAGUUGAGAGCGAGUCGGUGGACGUUGUUGUCUGCACCCUGGUGCUCUGCUCCGUCACAGACACGGCGCAGACUCUGCGGGAGGCGCGCCGCAUGCUCAAACCAGGCGGAGCCUUCUUUUUCCUCGAGCAUGUUGUCGCAGACCCCUCCACUUGGUCCUACUUCUUCCAGCAUGUUCUGCAGCCUGCAUGGUACUACUUUGGCGAUGGAUGCGAGGUCACCCGGGAAACAUGGAAACAUCUGGAGGCUGCUGGAUUCUCUGAGCUCAAGCUGAGACACAUCCAAGCACCGCUCAUGUUCAUGAUCAAACCCCACAUCUACGGCUAUGCUGUGAAAUAAAUUCUGUCUCCUUAGUUUUGCAGCAAGCUACCCUCACAACCAGAGUAUGAAUAUGCCAAACACUUAAUGCCUCCGCUCUCCUUUCUGAUAUGAUUGAUCACCAGUGAUGGAGAUAAUGCCAAUCACUUUGAUACUAAUUUUAUUUUUGUAUGGAAAUAGUCUGUGUAUUGUAAAGACAUUUUUAACACAUGGAAUAAAAACAUUAGCACACUACUAAUUUUAUACGCAGUGUAAGUGAAAAGUAUGUUUAAUCUUCUAUUUGUCCUUUCCUUCUCCAAGUUGCUUACUGAUUAAUCAAUAUACUGCCAUAGAUGAUCAGAGAUCAUGUGCUGCUGGAUUUGACAUGAGUUUGUUGUAUCCCUAAAAUAUAUAUAUUUUUGCUGUUAUCUGAUUGUGAUGUGUCUGAAAGUUGGUGAUUAAAGAGUUUAACUCUUA